AUGGCACUGAUGAAAACUGUUCGAACAGCCGCUGCUUCUGCUGCGGAUUAUCAGUCCAUGGGCUCACCCUCCGAAAACGUGAUCCACGCCCACGUGAUUUUCGUAACGGUGUGGACGCUUUGCUCCUUGUGCUGUUCAGUGGUUAUUGCUUGGCUGCUUGCCAGUGGAGAGCUUCACCUCCUCAAGCUCGGAUUGAGGUGGUUGGUCAGCCCGAUCGGAAUUUGCCGCUGUGACACGAAGUUCAUGCUGAUUUCCGUGCUGUGCGCGCUGAUCUCUACAGUGGUUGGUCUUGCCAUCUCCUUGAUUCUCUUCACCCAGCAGCUCCUCAACAUGUACGAGGAAAACCAGACCCUUUCCAAUCUUCGAAAGUCCGUGAACGGGGUCUCUGCCUUCACCAGUUAUGGCGUAGUGCCGUCUGGCGUUGUCGGUCUGGUAGCGUGCUUCGUGGUGGCACAAAGGGUCUACGACCGCAGAGUCCUGCAGCCUCUCUCAAGGAACGGCCUGCUGGACCCACGCGGUCUUGCAAAGUAUUUAGUGGAUGCUGACAUUCGCCUCGUUCGCUUUGAAUAUCUCAAGGAGCUCCAAGAGGCUAAGGAGGGCUUACCGCGAAG